AUGGCACCCCGGCCACCCGCGCCGCGCCGGCCCGCCGAGCCCGCGUCCGGCACCCGUGGCCCAUACGCCGCCGCCCGACGCCCGCGCUCCCCCGCCGCCCUGCCCGUCCUCCGCCUCGGCUCCGCUGCCCGCCCGCGGCUCCGCCGUCCGCCGGACCCCGCCGGCCGUCGCCGCCUCCACGCCGGGCCCCGCGCCUCCGCGCCGUGCCCCGCCUCCCUCGAGCUUCUCCGACGCCGGCGUCCUCUCCUCUCCCCCGAGCUCUCUCCGGUCGCCGCCGUCCCCUCCAUCUCCGGCGAGCGCCCCGCCGAGCCUCGAGCCGGCCAGAUCUCGAUCUGGAACGAGAGGUUGACUUCUUCUCCCCUCGAUUUCUCCAAGUCCCGAAAUCUGUCUUUUGUGAUGCUCAUCCACUCUUCCUACAUCCAUCUAUUCACAGGGUCGGUUACAGAGAUGUCUGAGGCCAGUGAUAGUCAGAAUAGGUCAAAGGAGCAAGUCAACCUCAGUCAGGGCACUAGUCCCAGCAGCAGCUAUGAUGAGGGCAGUAGAAGCACUCCUAACAACUUUCCAAAAGCCCCUACCAGACAGAGGAAGAAGAGAAAUUCUGACAGUGAAGAUGAGGAUUUUGUGAUUGAGGAAGAAGUGACUUCCAAGAAGAAAGUGGUAAAGAAGGAAUAUGUUGUUGCUGCUGCCACCAGCAAGCCAGGCCUACACGAGAAACCUCCUGCCAAGAGAGCUCCAUUAUCCAAAGUGAGAAAAUCAACUUCUUCCCAUGAGACUAUGGAGUUCACACUUGGGCAAAGAAAAGAAGAUGAAGCUGCUGGUGGAAAGAAGAAAAGGAAGGAAAGUUUCAGGAAGACCAUUGCCAGAGUUAUUGGAACACCAUCCAUGAUGAGGGAUGAGGAUGAAGAUGAGGAGGAGGAGGAAGCUAUUGCACCACCUGCUAUGUCUCAAAAGUUGAUGGCUGAUGCCAUCAAGACUGGUGCUGCUCCCUCAAAGCCCAAGACAAAACCUCCACCUGCUGCACCCAAGUCAACUGCUCCAAAGAGAUCCACAAGAAAUAUCCCAGCUGCAGAGAAGAAUAAGGGCCCAGUGCCUGAGGUCCAAGAGGAUGAUGAGCCACUAGUGCUCAGGAAACUGAAGCCCAAGAUCCAUACCACAAUGAUGUUCAUCCAGUGGCUAAGAACAUUAAGUUGA